AUGGCUGCUCUUAGGGGGAAGCUAACUGUGGUCGGAGAUGAGUGCUGUGGAAAGACAUGCCUCCUCUUUGCUCUGUGUCACCAACAGCUUCCCAAGUCCUACGAGCCAACUCUGUUUGACGCUUACACCACUGACACAGAGGUAGAUGGGAAAGAGAUGAAACUGUUUCUCUUCGAUGUGGCAGGGAAUAAAGAAGUCAGUUACCGAAAUCUCCGCUCAGUGUUGUACGAGGACACCGACGUUAUUUUAAUGUGCUUCUCCGUGGACAGGCCUGACUCACAGCAAAACAUCCUCAAUUUUUGGGUUCCAGAAAUCAAACUGUUCUGCCCCAAAGUACCUAUUAUUCUGGUGGCUACCAAGAUAGAACUAAGGGGUGAUGAAGGUAUGAAGAAGAAACUAACUACUGCAGACAAUGAGCCAAUGAACACUACAGAAGGAGAAGCUUUAGCUGCCAGCAUUGGGGCAAAUGCUUAUCUGGAGUGUUCUGCCAAGACAAAAGAAGGUGUUGAUACAGCCCGGGAGAUUAUUAGCCAAUGUGCAUUAAAUCAGAAAAGGAGGAGAAAGAGGCACUACAGGCGCUGCCGAAUUUUGUAA